UCUCACAGGCCUACUUUUAAACAACCUGCUGUCCUAACAGGAGGAGCUCCACACGUCUUUUCCGCAGUCCUACGGUCCAUGGAGGUACCCGGAAGCUACUGGCUUGAGAGAGACGAAACGGAAAAAAGAAAAAAAAAAAAACUGUUAAAGUCCACGUGUCGUAGAGAGUACUAUCCGGGAUUGUGGGUGGAUGUAGGGUUUUGUUAUUUUUUUAUCCGGAACUUACGUACUGCUGUACAACAGCGGCUGAGGGAGCGUUUCCUCUAACCGGAAACGAUCGCUUUCAGGCACUCAAGGGUGUUAGCACAGAAUCGGACGACAGAGGGCGCUGGGUAGAAUCAGGGACCGGAAGUGGUCAAGGGCAGAGGAGAAAUGAUCAGCCCUAACUUCCGGGAUUCUGUAGGCCGGUCGGGAGCUUGAGAGAUCCUGCUGGGGAGCAUAAAUGAUGAUAGGCGGCGAGGCUCGGUUGGCCUGCGUCUGUUUGCUUUGAGCACUGCCGCCCGACCAACAGCUCACCAUGUUCCUGACACGCCUGACUUCACAGUUGGUCAGGACUGUUGUUCCCUGGGCAGGUUUCAGUCGUUCCUGGCCUGGCUCUUGGAUGAUUGGCAGCCAUGCUUUUCGACCCCUUUACAGUUUGCAGCCUGCAAGCCCAAGUCGGGCUGCCUCCCUCCCUGGUAAGAGGGCCCAGUUAGAGCUUGAGGAGUUCCUGGUCCCCAGGAAGAUGGCCAUCAGUCCUCUAGAGAGCUGGCUGAUUGUUCAAUACGUACUGCCCAGACUGAAUGUUGAGGUUCCGAUGACUCUGGCUCCCUCCCAGUUCUACAAAUGUCCACCUAGCCAGCGGGAGGAGGAAGCCAAACAGGGAGUCAGGGAAGUCUGGGAUGCUACUCCAAUGCAGUGCAAAAAUGUGCUGAAGAUCCGAAGGCGGAAGAUGAACCACCACAAGUACCGUAAACUGGUCAAGAGGACACGGUUUCUACGUCGUAAAGUCCGGGAAGGACGUUUGAAAAAGAAGCAGAUCAGAUUUGAGAAAGACUUGAAGCGCAUCUGGCUGAAGGCAGGCCUGAAGGAAGCCCCUGAGAACUGGCAGACACCGAAGAUCUACAUGAAGAACAAAUAAAUCUGGGUUCCUGUCCCUCUGGCUCUCUUGCUGCUGCUGACCCAUUAUAAUAAACAUUGGAAGGACUCAAUUAUUC